GGCGGGGCUGCUGCUGGGGCCUCUGCAGCCCGCGCUGGGUUCCCGAAUUCCCGCGCUGUAAGCCGGAACCCCAGGCCAGCGGGCGCCGCCGCGGGCCCGGAGAUCGGUGCAGGACGCACGACCGAGCCAGAACUACAACUCCCGACGUGCGCGGCGGCCAACGCUGGUUCUACCCCUGCUUGUUGCUUUUUUUUCCCCCUCCGUUUCUUGCGACGGAGACUGCUGUCCAGGAAGUGCGCAGUAGUGAUUCUAGAGAGGCUGGAAGUUCUCCUGGCGUCGCUGGGGCCGCGAAGGGCUCAUGUAAUGCCUCCUACUCCCGGUGAGCGCAGGCGUUGCGGAACUCACCGUCCCACAGGACGUGUUUCCGGGGUACAUUAAUUGUGGCUGGACGCAGUGGCGCGGCAGUUUAAUUCUCCGGCGGCUGCAGAUUGAUGGGACGAGAUGGUCCUGGCGGGGCUCAUCAGGAAACUCGGUCAUCAGCUGGCCGAGAUCAGGGAGCGCGCUCUCAAGAGUAUUCUCUGCAAGAUUGAGCACAACUUAAUCUGCUACGCUGAUCUCAUUCAGGAGAGGCAACUUUUUCUUCAUUUGCUGGAAUGGUUCAAUUUCCCGUCCGUUCCGAUGAAGGAAGAGGUUCUGAACCUGUUAAGCAGAUUGGUUAAGUAUCCCCCAGCAGUCCAACAUUUGGUUGACUUUGGUGCAGUAGAGUUCUUAUCUAAGCUUCGGUCUAAUGUGGAGCCAAAUCUGCAGGCUGAAAUUGAUGGCAUUUUGGAUGGACUUUUUAUUCUUCCUUCGGAAGUUCCUGCAGUAUCUUCUGCCUCAUACCAAACCAAUCAAACUGAAUUGUCAAAAAACCCUGAAAUCUUAACAGGAUAUUUUCCCCAAGACAAAAGUAAUUUGCAGCAGAUGGAGGUGCCGCCACGACCAGUGGUAAAUCAGACUGUGAAGUGCUUGAAGUUUUCUAUAUUUCCUUGGCUACCCCUGACCACCACAGACAGACAUGUCCUCUCCUCUAAUGAAAGCUCUUUAAGAAGUAGUAACCACACUUUAAUCUGGAACACCUGUGAACUAUUGAAGGACGUUAUCAUGCAAGAUUUUCCUGCUGAGAUUUUCCUUCAAAGACCAAAAAUUGUUCAGAGCCUUUUAUCUCUGUUGAAACUGGCCUUUGGAGGAGAUGGAAAGCAUCGCCUGGCAUUACAGUCAGUGUCCUGCCUGCAGCAGCUGUGCACGUAUUUAAGAAACAGACUUAACUUUCACCGAGAUCCAGGUUUUUUCUCCAAUAAACAGGACACAGUUUCCCAAAAUUCUUCUUUGUCUUAUUGUCAUGAAGCAAGAGGUACUCAUCAUUCCCAGAAUCCUUCCCCAGGAAGCAGCAGCCCUCGGCCUUCUGUGGUUGGGCGCACAGGCCAGCGACCCAGAGGAGAUGGCCAGGACUGGGAUGCAGCGUCCUCUAGUGGAAGUAGCAGUCAUGCUCACGUAAACUCCAGGAUAUCCGUUCAUUCACCUUUGGAUAUGGGACACAUAGACCUACCAGAGCUGGAAACUGAAGACACAUUGGAACUACAAUUCCAGCAGCUCAGUCUUCCCCAGUUUUGUGUCUCCAUUCUGGAAUCAGCUGUUCCUCUCUUAAGAACAGGUAGCAGACAAGUGAUAAUAAGAGUUCUGGAAUUGCUUGCAGAGGAUAUGACACUUAUUGGUGAAGCAAUUUCAACAGAUAUCUGGGAUGACAGCAGCCUUUUUGGUAUAGAUAUGAAAGAGAAACUACUCCUGGUGUUGGGAGCCCUUGGAGAAACCAUGUGCUACCAUAAAAGUAGUGUCAGUUUAGAGCGACCAGAGGUGAUGCUCGUGCACCACAGAAUGGCCUUUCUCAGCACUUCCCUGUUUGCAGUUCGACUGCUACAAACGCUUCUCCCUGUUGAAAAGGUGAGGCAGGCAAGCGAGUUUUUACCAGAGCCUAUGUCAACAGCAUUAUUUCUCCUUUCUUUGGACAUGCCUAUUUCUUUGGAAUAUCCAAAUAUUCAUGAAGCUGUUGUGGCCUAUUUGGAACAGCUGAGUUCUGAAAACUACAGUAUUUAUAAACGAACUGCAGAGGCCGCUUAUUCAAUUGAAUGCACCUGUAACUUCCUGUCUGAUAUUGGGAAAGAGGGAGAGAAGAAUCUCUUAGAAUUAGUGGAGCUGGCAGACCAAGCCUUGCGUAGCUUUUCCUAUCAUCAGCAUUUCCCCCUAAUAAAGGAAAUCAUCAGCAUUUGUUCAAAGAUCUGGAAAUCUGCUCAGGCCAGUCCAUUACUACAAGGAGAAAGUCAGAAGGUGCUUCUCCAUAUGUUGUCUCACCCGUUGCCACAAGUGAAAGCUGAAACUUACCGCUGCUGUCUGGAAAUCACGAAGGAAUGUUUAGGUGUCCAUAAUGUCACUAAACCUGUGUCUUCACUUUGCAAUGGAAUUCAUUUUCUACUUCAUCCGAAAGUUCUGUAUGAAAUCUCUGUAUUCGGCAUUCAGGAGCCCAAAAGUGAGGUGAACACUGCUGCCAAGGCCAUUCUGUUAUACCUGCUUCAGGGACGAUUGAUGAUGACAGCACUGACCUGGAACAAGUUUAUUGAAUCUCUCUGUCCUGUCAUCCCAAUACUACAGGGCUAUGCCGACACAGAAGAUCCUUUGGGUAACUGCAUUCUCCUUCUAAGCAAAGCAAGUUCUGACACAGAAGAGAUUCUUCCGUGUACUACCCGAUUAAAGUCCAUGCUGCGACUUUUGCUAGUGAAAAAGCCAUCGGUCCGUUCACUAGCAUUAAAGCUUUUAGCAUUCCAUCUUACCAGUGAAGAAGGGGCUGAUACAAAGCGUCCUCUAAUAGAUGCCAGAGUUCUCUCCAGAGUUACUAAUUUGUUCAUUGUGAAGAAACCUAUUGAACUCAAACUGGAUGACAGAAGAGAGCUGGUUAUUAAGUUGGAGACUGUUGAAAAGGUAUAUGAAAUCUUCACCUCAGAUGAUGUUGAUCUCGUUUUGAGAAAGUCAGCUGCUGAACAGUUAGCCGUGAUUAUGCAAGAUAUUAAAAUGCAUGCUGUGGUGAAAAAGUUAUGCUUAAUUGACAAAAUAAUUGAGUAUUUAAAUGAAUGUGUGAGUCAAGAUGGCAAGGUUGUAGAAUGUUUGGUACAACCAUGCCUCACACUCUUGAGGAAGGUUUUAUGUGGCGAUCCAGUCAUACGUGUUUCGCUCUCGCAACAGUCUUCUCUUUUGACCCUGUUAUUCAGAGUUUCCUUAAUAUUUCAUGAAGAUUGUACUGUCGUGACUGAAGUUGGAGCACUAUUUUGUCUUCUAUUAUUUGAUGAAGUAUCAAGAAUGGAUAUGUGGUCUGUUAAUCCUUCCAAUAAACCUUCUUUGCCAUCAGUCUUCAGUUUGCCUGUUUCCGUUUUUAGAAGGUAUCAUCUACCUGUUCAUGUAAUUGGACACCAUGCUGUGAGUCCUUACUCCAUAGUUUUGCCCUUAUCUGCUGAUUGUUUGGCCUUGAAGCCGGUGUCAGAUAUGCUGAGAAUAGCUUGGAACCUGUCAUGGUAUCAUGGGAGUGAUAAUCUGUUGAAGCAAAUGAACUCGGAAACUAAAACGCAAGAAAUUUUAGAUGCAUUAAAGUUAUCCACAGAGGACAUCCUCACUCUGAAGAUAACACACGUGGCUAGUGGGCUGCAGGACUGCCUCCAUUCCAUUGUUCAGGCUGCAACCCACAGGGAAGUUAGGGCUGCUGUCACCAGGAUGAGUUUUUAUCUUCUGAAUGACAGAUUGUCUUUAAAGGGUUGCCCUGGUCCAUGUGGGGUUACCUUGAAGUCCUUGGCUUGGCACACCGCACUAAACAGGUUUUUACAAGUGCUUCCUGCUUGCACUGAAGAUGAGAAACUGCUGAUAGAUAUCGUACAUUUUUUAAAUAAAUUAAUAAAAGAACAAAGAAAAAAUUCUUCAUUAGAACUUCUAAACUGGAUUCUCGAAUUACUUCUUAGACAUAGUGCAAACCCACUGUUAGACCUCUUGGUUCUGACAGAGUCACAGGAACGAGAAGAAACAGAUGAUAUUCGGACUGCUGUCAGGCAACAGCUUCAGAAAGAACUGAUUGCUCUUUUUGAUACCUUGCUGCUCAAUUUCAUGGAAGUUACUGACAGGAAAUGCUCGGAACUUCUUUACGUUUUUCAAACGCAGCUGGCUCUGAAACUGCUCCAGUGUCUGAAAGUGACGGAUGCACCUCAUUUCUAUGGCCUGCCAUCCCUUGAGCGGACCUUACGAGGGAUGGCUAACCUCACUGCGUUUCCGGGAUGGAGCUCACACUCUCCUCUCACAAAGCCUCUAGAUAUCUGUGUGAAGUACUUGUCAGGUCUCCUUGAGGUCAUUACUUCUUUUUAUGUGGAGCGUGGAGGAAAUGCUAUGUCCUUCAUGGGAAAAGGUGUUACAAAGAGCACAAUUCUUUGCUUGCUUCACUUAUCCCAUGAGAUGAUGGCCCAGGCUGGGAGCUCGGAGUGGAUGUCACUUUGGUUCUUGCCUUUGGGUAGUCAUAGUGAAGAACAUAUUCCUACUCAACAAGGAUUGGCUUGGUUGAUUCCAUUAUGGGUUGACCGGGACCCAGAGGUGAGAUUCACUUCACUGGGAUUAGGAUCAGCACUGACCACCCUUGAAACUGGCUGUGUGGCCUUAGCAAACAGUUGUCAGAACAUUUCCGGUGGGCUCUGGGGAACUGUGGUGAACAUUCUUCUGGACCAGUCAGAAUGUAGCAUGGUGCGCCGGGAGGCUGCAUUUAUUCUUCAGAAUCUCCUUGUAAUUCCAAUGCCUGCAGAAAUUAUAAAGGAUUAUACUUGGCAGGGUCCCUGUGUCCAUGAUGAGGACUCUGGCCUAUCGCUCAUUGGAAAACCUGCCCUUCAGGCUCUUUUAUAUCACUGCCAUUUUUAUGAACAUUUGAAUCAGAUGGUAAAACAUUGUUACCUAGGACGGUGUAUGUUUGAUUUGAAUUUUUCUGCUUUUGAUAGAAAUUCAGAAAGCAAUGAUUUAAAUGGUUUAGAUGACUCAUUCAAGUUUUGGAGGGCUCCAUCUAGGAUAAGUCAGGAUCGAGAUCCAGGUUCUCUCUCCACCUCAGAAACAACGGUGGCACCUUCAUUGGAGAGUACUGAAUUUCAGCCGCUUGUGCAGUCAACAACACUUCUACCUGAAGCCUCCCAUGACCCGUUUGUGGCUCAAGGUCACCAGGAAAGUACAUCACCACGGCCACCUCAUGAUUCAUCUCUUUCUGCUCCCCUGCCCAAACUGUGUGUUUUUGUUACUCCAUCUCUUCUUUCAGCAAUGUGCAGCCUCUUGGACAACCUCUUGACGAUUGCUCCCAGAGACACUGCAAAGGCUUUUCGACAAGUUCAUCUCAUAGAACUUCUCUGUAGCAUUGCAGAUGCUACCCUCAUACAGACAUGUGUCCAGGAACUCAGAUCCCUGCUGCCUUCAUCACCUCCAGCUGAACACACUCAGGCUCAGGUUUCCUUUCUCCUGGAAUACCUAUCCUCUUUGUCCAGGCUUCUGCAGUCAUGUUUAUUGGUGGAGCCUGACCUUGUGAUUCAGGAUGAGCUUGUGAAACCUCUUAUCACCAAUAUCAUUGGAAUUCUCACCAUAUGUACCAAAGAUGUAUUAGAUAAAGAGUUAAUAUCAGCUUUUUAUCACACAUGGACACAUUUAUUUAAUCUUCUGGCCAUGCUCCUGAGGAAAGCCGGUGCCGUCACACUCCCGUCUGUUACCGUGGCCCUGGCCAAGCACUGGACAGUGGCGAUUGAUAUGUUCUGCAAAUGUGCAGGCUUGUCUGCCACGUGUCCUGCCCUGUAUACUGCCAGCUUGCAAUUCCUUUCUAUUCUCUUGACCGAAGAAGCAAAAGGGCAUCUCCAGGCUAAGAGCAAAACACAUUUAUGCUGUAGUCCAACAGUGGCUUCACUUCUUGAUGACACUCAGGAAAAUCAGAAAUCUCUAGAACGACUUAGUGAUGUAAUUCUUCAGUGCUAUGAAGGGAAAUCCUCCAAAGAUAUCCUGAAAAGAGUAGCUGCAAAUGCAUUGAUGUCACUUCUGGCUGUCAGUAGAAGAGCACAGAAACAUGCUUUGAAAGCCAAUCUUAUAGACAACUGCAUGGAGCAGAUGAAACACAUAAAUGCACAACUGAACCUAGAUUCUCUGAGGCCUGGGAAAGCAGCAUUGAAAAAAAAGGAGGAUGGUGUUAUUAAAGAGUUAAGCAUUGCCAUGCAGCUCCUAAGAAACUGUCUUUAUCAAAAUGAGGAAUGUAAAGAAGCAGCUCUUGAAGCUCACCUUGUCCCUGUGUUGCACUCUCUCUGGCCUUGGAUUUUGAUGGAUGAUUCAUUGAUGCAAAUUUCUCUGCAGCUCCUUUGUGUCUAUACUGCAAAAUUUCCAAAUGGUUGCAGUUCUCUUUGUUGGUCAAGUUGUGGGCAACACCCUGUUCAAGCUACACAUAGAGGAGCCGUGAGCAACUCUCUGAUGCUGUGUAUCCUAAAGUUGGCUUCCCAGAUGCCACUGGAGAACACCACGGUUCAGCAGAUGGUUUUUAUGCUUCUUUCAAACCUGGCCUUGUCACAUGACUGUAAAGGAGUAAUUCAGAAGAGUAACUUCUUACAGAACUUCCUCUCUCUAGCAUUGCCGAAAGGAGGAAAUAAACAUCUCAGUAAUCUGACUAUUCUUUGGUUGAAGUUACUCCUGAAUAUAUCAUUUGGAGAAGAUGGACAACAAAUGAUUCUGAGGCUUGAUGGCUGUCUAGACUUACUAACAGAGAUGAGCAAAUACAAGCACAAGAGCAGCCCUUUAUUGCCUCUUCUUAUCUUUCAUAAUGUUUGCUUCAGUCCUGCUAAUAAACCCAAGAUCCUGGCUAAUGAAAAAGUCAUUACUGUGCUUGCUGCCUGUCUGGAAAGUGAGAAUCAAAAUGCUCAGAGGAUUGGAGCAGCUGCGCUUUGGGCUCUGAUAUACAAUUAUCAGAAGGCAAAAACAGCUUUGAAAAGCCCAUCAGUAAAAAGAAGAGUGGAUGAAGCAUACUCCUUAGCAAAGAAAACUUUCCCAAACUCAGAAGCAAACCCUCUAAAUGCCUAUUACUUGAAAUGUCUUGAAAACCUCGUGCAACUCCUUAAUUCUUCCUGAGUGCCAUGAGAUGCUACACCUUGAAGCUGACAGUCAUCAACAGGGGAGCUAAAGUUGAAGCCAGCUGUGUGUAGCAGCUGUUACCUGAAGACAUGCUACCUCUCUACAAAGUGUUGAUCCCCUUCUUUCCCAUCAGAGAGAGAACUGGUGAUACUCCAACACUGUCCAGUCGUGGCAGCUCUCCAGAAGUAAUAGCAGCUGACAAGUUUCUGUGCCUUUUCCUUUCUGUUGAAAAGGCAUAGAAAGUUCUGGGAACAUAAACAUUUUUACCCUUUUCUAUGCCAUUUAUUUUGUAAAAAUCCUAUUUAACAGUUAUUUAAUAAAACAAUAUUUUUAGAAACUAAAAA